GUUGAUGUUGACUUUUGACGUCUAUUUCAAUCAUUCAUAACCUCAUUUACAGUAGAUAAACCUCAAAAUGUAAUAGAAAGUUCAGUACUUAAUUUAAUGCGACAAAAUUAAUUUUUAAAUCAAUAUAAUACAUACGUUGUGCUCAUUCUCGGCCUAAACAAAAUGUCCACCAGCAGGUUAGAUGCAGUUUAUCGAAGUAUUUUACUUACAAAAUUUUUUACAAAAGGAUGGGGGAAACCUGAAAAUUUACGCAGGUUAUUUGAGUUCAGGAAAGUAGUAUCUAAUCGUGAUAAGUGUUUCAAAUUAAUAGAGAGAGAUUACCCUGUGACUAUCACUAAGGAACAAAAUCUCACAGACUGCCGUCUCCUUGAAGGUUAUUUUAUCUCGCCAUUAGAGAGAUACCUCCCAGGGAUUGUACCUGAGAUUGCACAGAAGGCUCACUUUCAAGUACUUCUCCCAGUACAUUGGCGGGAUCCCUCAUGCAAACCUGUCUGCCUUCACCUAGCUGGCACUGGUGAUCAUUUCUUCUGGCGACGGAGAAAUUUAAUGGUCAAACCCCUACUUAAAGAAGCUGGAAUUGGCGGUAUCAUUCUGGAGAACCCAUUCUAUGGCCUUCGCAAACCCAUCGAUCAAGUUCGGUCCUCGCUGCACAAUGUGUCAGACAUAUUCGUGAUGGGUGGGUGUUUGAUUCUGGAGUCGCUCGUUCUGUUCCACUGGUGCGAGCGCAACGGACUCGGCCCGCUGGGCGUCACCGGUCUCUCGAUGGGCGGACACAUGGCAUCGCUAGCAGCUACCAAUUGGCCCAAGCCAUUAGUUCUAGUACCUUGCCUGUCCUGGUCUACUGCCUCAGCAGUUUUUUUACAGGGUGUGAUGUCACAGUCAAUAAAUUGGGACCUUUUGGAAGAUCAGUACCUCUCAGACGGUGUGUACAGGGAAAAACUUUCCAAAAUGGUGACUAUAGUGGACGAAGCUUUCUUAGCGGGAAAGAAAUUUGCACGCUCCUACUCUCGAACUAUGGAAAAGACUCAGGAUCGACCUAAAACAGAUUACAGGGAAAACCAAGACAAAAAUGUUGAUGUGACAUAUAGAGAACCUGAAAGUGCCAAAGAACCCAUUGUCUUGGAGAUGACAAAGAAUGAAGUGGAUAAUAAAAUUUGCAAAAACGACCCACAAACAGAGUAUAGUAAACAUUUAGCUAUAGUGCAUGAGGAAUUAAAAAAGUUAUUAGAUAAUAGCAAAAUUAGUAAAGAACUUUACGACAAAUUGAUCUCCAAUGAAAAAUUUGAGCUAGAUUCCAAAGAUAUUGAGGAUAUAAACAAACUGACCGAAAGUCGUAUCAGAGAGUUGUUGUUGAAAUAUAAAGUGGCGUUAAUACAAAGCGAAAUUAACGACAGCAAAGAAGAAGUCUCUAGCCAUGAAACGGCAAAAAAAGAAUACCUACAAAUGUCACCAGAGAGUAAUCCAAAAAUAGAACUGCCGAAAGCAGAAGAGGUAGACACCAAAGAAAAGUCAGUUGCAAAGCCCAAGAAGAGCGAGUGGAGUUGGAACGUUUCGGAGCUAACUUCGGACUUUUGGAUGAACUUGCCUUUCCUGAAGUCGAGUGGGAAGAAGAUAGACAUAAACAAAAUUCACUGGAGGGACAGAGAGGCGCUACAAUUCAUGCGCGGCGUUAUGGAUGAGUGCACGCAUCUCAGCAACUUCUCGGUACCGUACGACACUUCCUUGAUUAUUGCGGUUUGCGCCAAGCAUGACGCGUACGUUCCACGCGACGACGUCGGUGGUCUAGAAGAGAUCUGGCCGGGGGCAGAAGUGCGCUACGUGGACGCUGGUCACGUGUCCGCAUAUAUACUGCAUCAGUCAAUGUUCAGAGCUUGCAUUAAGGAAGCGUUCGAACGAUCGAAAAAGAAGUUUAAAGACGGAGAACAUGUCAACUGACCCACGGCUCACUUCACACUGAACACGUACAACGUUCCUGUGACAUUCGCGCUGUCCCCUGCUCAAUAUUGAAAUUGCAAUAAUCAUGUAAAUUGGUCGCGAUAUACAUAUGCCAAAAUAUGCCAACUCCGUCCUACAAACCAAAAUGACCCUUAACUGAAAGGCGUAGAAAUGAAAAUAGCUAAACUGGUUAUGUUACAGAAAGCAACGUACAAUUUUUUUUAUUUGUGUACAAAACAUAUCAAAUGACUUAGCCACACACAACUGAAUGAUGUGAAAUAGAAGUCGCUAAGAUACCUGAUGAGACAGACAUACAUAACCAUCUAACUAGCCUUUCUGAACCCAAUCCCCUACCCCGAGGAGAGGCCCUGGAAAUCUUACUGACCAACAGAUAACACUAGCAAGAGGUAGUGUUAUUUCACUGUGGUCUUCUGUAAGCUGGAGGUCACUGUGAUCUGUAAGAUGGAGGUCACUGUAAUCUGUAAG